UGUUUAAAGUUUAUUUCGAGAUACAGAGAAAUUAAGCUAACAUGGCAACGUUUAAAACUACAGAAAAUUCAAUUAAUUUAUUCAUUGAUGAUGUUAAAGAAAAACUUAGGCAUGCGUUAAACUUCAAGAAUAAAAUCGAAAUUUUAACUUGUAUACCUCAAGAAUGGAGUAGUCGCAAAGUUUCACAUAUAUUCAAUGUUUAUUAUUCAUUUGUAAAUAAAUUACGUCUAUAUCAAAAGCGACUAAAGCGAAGGAAACCAAAAAUUGUCUCAGCACAGAAAGAACAUACUUCUAAUCAAAGACGUCAUUUGAAGGAUCGACAUCGCGAAAUUUAUGACCAAAUAUAUCCAUUCAAUCAACAUAAGAGUGAGUUUUCUACUACUGAGACGGAAGAAGAGUCAACAAAAGAGUCAACUUAUUUGAAUCGCGUAGCAUUAAAUAAAACGACUCUAAAAACGGCACUAUUGAAGCUAGUCACAAUCAAUGGUCGCCCUUUUUCAAUUCUACAAGACGAAGGAAUGCGAAUGAUUUUGGAUCCAUUAAUUUCUCGAAUGCCAGAGAAAGUAAUCAUCAAUGAAGAGACUGUGAAAGAUGAUGUAAUCAACACUGCCAAUAAUAUCAAGAAGACAAUACAAAAAGAGGUCAAAGAAUGCAAUUUAGUCAGCUUGAAAGUUGAUAUUGCUUCUCGCUUAGGGCGAUCAUUUCUCGGAGUUAACAUUCAGUAUAUUAGAGGCGGUAAAAUUAUAAUCAGAACACUUGCUGUAGAAGAAAUAACAGAAAGGCAUUCCGGUGAAAAUUUAAAGAACUUGAUUUUGAGAACUUUUGAUUUAUACGGAAUUGAUGUGAAAAAUAUUUAUUCCUUCACAUCUGACAACGGUACAAAUAUGGUCAAACUCUCAGAAUUACUGGCCGAAGAACAAAAUUUUCCUGUGGAAGAAGAUGAUGUACGCAAUGAAUUAAUGUGCAAUAUUGACAAUACUACCCUUAACAAUACCGGUAGUUACACAGACAAUCCCAUUGAAGAAGAUAUGGACUUCGAAAUUAAUGACUCUACAACUAUGGAUGACGACAAUGAUCUUGGAUUUGAUCUUGAAUUACAACCAGAUCUUUCAGAAAUGGAAUUGAGUCGCUCAAUGGAAACACUGCAGCAGAGUUUUUCACUGGUUAAUAUUCGUUGUGCAGCUCAUACGCUGUAGCUUGCAGUUCAAGCUGCAAUCAAUAAAUCAAACCUUCAGAAAUCAUUGUCAAAAGCAAGAAACGCAGCUAAAAUUUUUAGAGUCGACAGUACAAUUAACGAAAUCAGGCGUUUAAGACCGACUGCGUCAAAACCUAUUCUCGAUUUGCCUACUCGCUGGUCAUCUACGUAUGAUAUGUUAUUCUCUUUGCUUAAAUUGGAAGACUUCAAAAGUUACGUUCCAUCACUUACUGCGAGUGAUUGGAAUAACAUAAAACAUUAUGUAAAAGCAUUAAAACCAGCAAAAGAUGCUACUUUAAAAUUACAAAAGGAGCAGCUAACGUUGCCGGAAUUUUAUUCAGUGUAGUUAAUAUGCCUCGAACAAACGGAAAAAAUUCAGACGCCAUUAUCAAAAAACAUCAUAAAGUAUAUGAAAGUUCGACAAGAUAAUCUCUUUGAGAAUCUUGCUUUAAUUUCUGGAAUUUAUUUAGACCCUCUUUAUAAUGUUUUACUAACCGAAGAACAGGAGACUGAAGCUGUAAAUCAUUUGAGUCAAGUAUGGCAGAGUUUGAAUUCAUUAAAAAGAGGUGAUCUAACUGAACAGGAUUUAUCAAAUAGUGUAGUGGAUAAAUCAUCCGAAGAACUUCAAGAGGAUACUUCAAUACCAACAGUGCUACUCCAACAAACUACACGCUCGAAAGAAGGCGAAGCUUGAAAAAAAUGCAACUAUUGAUAUAAAGCCAUUGUUAUCAAAUUUUAAGAAUCAAGAAGAACGAAAUCCUCAAAUUCCACUGCUUCAAUAUUGGGAAGAAAAAAAGUUGUUAAUGCCUGAAUUUUUUCAACUUGCAAGAAUUAUAUUAGCGGCUCCUGCAACUCAAGUUUCCGUAGAGCGACUGUUUUCCGGACUAAAGUAUAUUUUUUCAGACCUGCGUGCAAAGCUGAAAUCAGACUUGAUAAAUUCUAUAAUGAUCGUUAGAAUGAAUUACAAAGAUAUUUAUGAAAAAAAUGAUAAUAUAAAAAAGGUAAAACAAGCUAGAAAAUCUAUAAAUAAAAGUAAUACAAGUAGUUCCAUAAGUACAGAAAGCUCAAAUGAGAAUAGUCAAGAAGAUGUGUAAUAUGUUGUAAUCUAAUAUAUAAAAUUCUCGUGUCACAGUUUUCGUUGCCAUACUCCUCCGAAACGGCUUGACCGAUUUUGAUGAAAUUUUUUGUGCUUAUCCGGUAUCUAUAAGAAUCGGCCAACAUCUAUUUUUCAUCCCCCUAAAUGUUAGGGUAGUCCACCCCUAAAUUUUUUU